AUGGGUCGGAGACGGCCAUCGAAGGCCGGAUCUGGCUCGUCUCAGGGGUCCGAUUCUACAUCCGGCGAUGCUGCUGCAUCAGGCGGGGGAUCGCGUGGUGCUAUGGUGGUCUCUGGUAGCUCUAGCAGCAGGCGAGGCGCAGGCGACAGAGGGGUUUCAGUGCAACAGGACGAAGGAUCCAAGGGAACGGGUCCUGGUUACCUUGAACCCUCAGAUCCGCGAUUCGCGGAGGUGAAAUCGAAAUGCGAAAAGGCAGUGAAGGCGCUUCGGCGGGGAAACGCUCCGAAAGCGGUGAAGCUUAUAAAGGAAGCCACGGGGAAAUUCUCGUCCGUUCCGCUGUGCCACCGCGUGAACGGACACAUCCACCUGAAACUCGCCAACAUGAUCGAGGAUGCUUCCACGAAGCAGCGCCAUCUACGCACCGCGUUAGAAUCCGCGCUUAAAGCCACGGAACUCUCUCCGAAUUCCGUCGAGCUCUCCCACUUCUACGCACAGCUUCUUUUCGAAGUGGCCGACGGGCGUGACUAUAGCGCGGUGUUGCGGGAGUGCGAGCGCGGGCUGGGAAUCGAAUCGCCGGUAGAUCCGGCAAAGGAGAGCUUGCAGGAGGAGAGUCAGCAGGAGCUGGCGACGCCGGCGGAGCGCGUGACGCACGUGCAGAACGAGCUGCGCGGGCUGCAGCAGAAGGCGAACAUCGCGUCGUUCUCGACCAUCUGGCGGAGCUUCGGCAUCGGCGCGGACGAGCGAUUCAAUGUCAUGCAGGUAAAGAAGACCUCAGACGACCCCAUCGAGCCGCGCUCUUCGCUGCCGCCGCGCCGCAUCAACAAGACGCUGGAGGAGCGCCGCCAGGAGAUUGAGGUGCGCGUCACGGCCGCGCGCCUGCUGCAGCAGCAGCAGCAGCAGCAGCUGCAGCUGCUGCAGUCAGCACGCAGCAAGAAGGGGUCGGGGGUGGGGAGUGCGAGCGGAGGGGGAAGCACAGGAGGGGGAGGCGGAGGGGGAGGGGAAGGGGGAGGUGGAGGAAGAGGGGGAGAGGAGGGAGAAACGGAGGGAGAAAGGGAUGGAGCAGAGGAGGGAGCAAAAGAAGGAGCAGAGGAGAGAACAGAGGAAGGAGCGGAGAAGAUAGAAGGAGUGGGAGUAGAGGAGGGAGGUGUGGAUAUUGAAAAGAGAGUGGCCGCUGCUCUAGGCAAGACCAAGGGUGGCAGUGAGGAGGAAAAGAAGGGAAGAGAGGAUGAGGAGGAAGAAGAGGAGGAAGAAGUGGAAGAGGAAGAGGAGGACGAGGAGGAGGAGGAGGAGGAGGAGGAAGAAGAAGAAGAGGAGGUAUUUGAUAACAAGUCAGGAACAGAGGAGGGGUGGAUGGCUCUGAAAGAUUCACAAAUCAUGGGUCGGAAACGGCCAUCGAAGGCCGGAUCUGGCUCGUCUCAGGGGUCCGAUUCUACAUCCGGCGAUGCUGCCGCAUCAGGCGGAGGUUCGCGUGGUGCUAUGGUGGUAUCCGGUAGUUCUAGCAGCAGGCGAGGCGCAGGCGACAGAGGGGUUUCAUCGCAACAAGACGAAGGAUCCAAGGGAACGGGUCCUGGUUACCUUGAACCCUCAGAUCCGCGAUUCGCGGAGGUGAAAUCGGAAUGCGAAAAGGCAGUGAAGGCGCUUCGGCGCGGCAACGCUCCGAAAGCGGUGAAGCUUAUAAAGGAAGCCACGGGGAAAUUCUCGUCCGUUCCGCUCUGCCACCGCGUGAACGGACACAUCCAUCUGAAACUCGCGAACAUGAUCGAAGAUGCUUCCACGAAGCAGCGCCAUCUACGCACCGCGUUAGAAUCCGCGCUUAAAGCCACGGAACUCUCGCCGAACUCCGUCGAAUACUCCCACUUCUACGCGCAGCUCCUCUUCGAAGCGGCCGACGGGCGUGACUAUAGCGAGGUGCUGCGCGAGUGCGAGCGCGGGCUGGGGAUCGAGUCGCCGGUAGAUCCGGCGAAGGAGAGCCUGCAGGAGGAGAGCCAGCAGGAGCUGGCGACGCCGGCGGAGCGCGUGACGCACGUGCAGAACGAGCUGCGCGGGCUGCAGCAGAAGGCGAACAUCGCGUCGUUCUCGACCAUCUGGCGGAGCUUCGGCAACGGCGCGGACGAGCGGUUCAAGUUCCUGCAGGUGAAGAAGAUCUCAGACGACCCCAUCGAGCCGCGCUCGUCUUUCACCCUCCCUCCUUCCGUCUUCCUCAGACGUUCCUCGUCCCCCCUCCCCCACCCCCCCCUGCCCCUCUUCCCCGGCCCUCGCUCAAAAGCAGGUGAAGAAGAUCUCAGACGACCCCAUCGAGCCGCGCUCGUCGCUGCCGCCGCGGCGCAUCCACGAGGUGAAGCGCGUGGUGCGCACGCUGGAGGAGCGCCUCCCUUUCAAGCCCCCCGAGGAGCCGUGCCAGGAGCAGUUCGGCCGUACAGCAGCAGCAGUUCUGAGACGUCUGAAAACGCUUCCCUCCUGCCCUCCCACUUCCCCACACCCCGCCCUCUUCCCCACCCGCCUCCCUCUGUUCCCCUCCCCCUCCAAAAGCAGGUGAAAAAGAUCUCAGAUGAUCCGAUUGAGCCACGCUCGUCGCUCCCCCCGCGGCGCAUCCACGAGGUGAAGCGCGUGGUGCGCACGCUGGAGGAGCGCCGCCAGGAGAUCGAGGUGCGCGUCACGGCCGCGCGCCUGCUGCAGCAACAGCAGCAGCAGCUGCAGCAGCAGGGGCAGGGGCAAGGCGCAGCGGCAGACGGAGGCGGAGUUUCUGGUUCCGCGCCCGCCUCGGAUGCUGCUCCUGGUUCCACGUCCGCCCGCGGGGAGCGGAAAGGGGACGCGGAGGAGGAGGGCGCAGGGGGGAAGGAUGGGGCGGGGGGGAAGAGGCGCGGGGGGCUGGACGGGGCGAAGCGGCGGAGGGAGGUGCUGGCGGGGAGGCGCGGGGCCAGGGCGCAAUCAGCUAUAGAGGAGAAGGUGGAGAAGGUUAGACCGUUCUGGAAGGCGCUGGGGCAGGAGGAGAAGGAUAAGAUUCUGGAUAUCCCCAUUGCUGACGUGUGCGAGGGCCUUGCCAAGUCAGCACGCGGCGGGAAGGGGGCGGGGGCGGGUAGCGCGGGCGGAGGGGGAGGCACAGGAUUGGGAGGUGGAGGGGGAGGAGAAGGGGGAGGCGGAGGCGGAGGCGGAGGAGGAGGAGGAAGAGGGGGAGGGCAUGCAUCUGCGAUCAGCAGCGGUGGUGGUACCGUCGGCUUGGGUGGGGAAUCUGCGGUGUCGGCUGCGGCAGCAGCAGCUGCAGCAGAGGAGCUUAUGUCUGAAGCGCUGAGUUUUGCCAAGGAGAGAAAACACUGGCAGUUCUGGGCGUGCUGCCUGUGCGACGAGCGAUUUAUAGACGCGGAGUCGUUUCAGGCGCACAUGCAGGAGGAGCAUAUAGGAAAGCUGAGUGCGGAGCAGGAGAGAAUGAUUCCCGAGGAGGAGGCCCUUUCCUGGGAGGAGAUUUUUACAAGGUUGGAUGUUACGCCUGUGGAUGGUAUUGAGGCGGCGAGGAGGCUUGUAGAGGGGAUGAGUGGGGCGGGUGGUGCGGUGGGUGGGGAGGGGGGUGGGAAGGGUGUGGAGGAGAGAGAGGGGAAGAGGAAGGGGAGUGAGGAGGGUGGUGAUGGCGAGAAGGAGGAAGAGGAGAAGAAGGAGGGGAAGGAGGAGGAGGAGAAAGAGGAAGAGAAGGAUGAAGCGUGUGCGAUGGAGCUGGAUGGGGAGGGGACAGAGGAGGGAGAAGCGGAGGGAGCAAAGGAGGGAGCGGAGAAGGGAGCGGAGGAGGGGGCCAAGAAUGGAACGGAGGAGGGGGCCAAGAAUGGAACGGAGGAGGGGGCCAAGAAUGGAACGGAGGAGGGGGCCAAGAAUGGAACGGAGGAGGGAACUGAGAAGGGAGAAGGGGAGGGAGAUGUGGAUAUUGAGAAGGGAGUGGCCGCUGCUCUAGGCGAGACCAAAGGUGGCAGUGAGAAGGGGAAGAAGGGUAGUAGUUCGGGGGAUUCGGGAUCCGGAAAGGAUUCACGUGAGGAGAGAGAGGUGGAGGGUGUUGGGGAAGGUAAUGAAGUUAAAGUGGGUAGUGGCAGGGAUGGUAAAGAGGGGGGUGCGGGAGAGGAUGAGGAGGAGGAGGAGGAGGAAGAUGAUGAUGAGGAGGAGGACGAGGAGGAAGAGGAGGAAGAAGAGGUAGGUGAAAGCAAGUUGGGAACAGAGGAAGGUGGUGCAGGGGAAAAGGGCUGUGUCACUGAAAAGGAAGCAGCACCUGCGGCAGCAGCGGCGGCGGCUGCGGCAGAGGCGGCGGCAGCAGCAGCGGCAGCAGCAGCAGAGGGUUGCAGGCAUUGUGGGGAGUCGCUGCAGUGCAGGAGGCAUGCGAGAGCUCUGCCAGUAGUGCAGGACAGGGAGAGGCAGCGGGAGCUGAUGCGGCUUAAGCAUAUAGUGGAGCGCAUGCUUAAAGCGGGGAUACUGACCCGCGACCACAUGGCGCGUAUGGUGCAAUAUACCAUGGUUCAGGUGCAAGCCAUGGCUGAGAGAGCUUUAGAGGCGCCUGCCAUGCCUCAAAAGUCGUUGCAGGUGCCAGGCAUGGCAGAGAGAGUGCAGAAGGGUUUGGAUGAGAGCGGGGGGAGUAGUGCAGGUAAAAUGGAAGAGAAGGGUGGGGAGAAGGGAGAGAAGGGUGGAGAGGAGAAGGGAGGGAAAGAUGAAGAUUCACUCAAGUGGCCAGAUAAGGACGGGCUCGCUAAGGAGCAAAUGGAGGAGGGAGCAUGUAAGGAACGUUCCUUAGGCACGACUUCUGAGGAAGAGGGGACUCACAAGGCGUCUCGUAAGGGGUCUCUUGCUCGCCCCCAAGUCACGUUCACCCCGUCGCCAGUCUUUAUGCGUUUCCUGCCGGCUCGCGACAUACAGGAGCUGCAGGCGUACCUGCUAGAAGCGGAACAGGGGGCGUACUAUAACGAGAACAAGGAGGCUGUGCUGCCGGAUAGGCUCCUGCUAGAUGGGGAGUUCACAAGAAUCAUUCUUGAUGAGCGUGUGUUGAAGGAUGUGGCUGAAGAGCCGAAGCUGCCGUUUAGGGAUGCUGUGGGGGGGAGGGUGGAGGCAGGAGGGGGAGAUGGAGGGAAGGAGGAGGCAGGAGAGGGAGGAGGGAAGGGGGGUGCUGCUGACAAGGGGGAUGCUGGGGAUGCUGACGGUGGUGGUAGGGCUAAACAAGGGGGAGAGCAGGAGGGAAAGGAAGCUGGGAAGGAGGUGAAAGGAGAGGGGCAGAAGGAGGCGAAGGGAGAGAAGCAGGAGGAAGAGGGUCAGAAGGAGGGGAAGCAGAAGGACGGGAAGGGAGAGGCGGGUGAGGAGGCGAAAGCAGCAUCAGAAGUUGAGGAGAAGGGGGAGAAGGGGGAGAAGGAGGAGAAGGGGGAGAAGGAGGAGAAGGGGGAGAAGGAGGAGGAGGAGAAGGAGGAGAAGGAGGAGAAGGAUGAGAAGGAGGAGAAGGAGGAAGGGGGGGAGGAAGAGGAGGAGUUGACAGUUGCUGUCCCUGAGGACCCGAGCAUGAAAUGGCCUCUGCCUCUCAUGCGCGUGCGGAGAGGCGAAGGAGCAGCAGGAGGAGCAGGGGGAGGAGCAGGGGGAGGAGCAGGGGGAUCGAUGGGUGUUGGAUUGCAAGCAGCAGGAGGGGGCGGAGGGGCGGGACCCACUGCUGGUGCCUCUGCUUCUGGUGCCGGUGCAGGUGGUGGUGGUGGGGUUGGGGGUGGUGCUUCUGGUGGUGGUGGUGGUGGGGGUGCUUCUGCUUCUGCUUCUGCUGCUGGUGCUACCACUGAUGUGCCCAAGCAUGACGAUCUGCAGCUCGCUUGGAUCUUCGGGCGAAUGGAUUAUGAGAUGGCUGCACCAACGUGGCGGAGUGCUUAUAAAGAGGGCCUGGAGAAGGCGAGGGAAGUGAUGGAAGGGCUAGAUACGGAGUACAACUCGUUAAAGUCACAAUGCGAUAGAAGGAUAGAGCUGGGGAUUGCGGAACGGAAGCUGAGGAAGAUGGAGAAAAUGUUUGAGAAGGAGAGGCGGCAGAGGGAGAGGGACCCGGGGUAUGUGAAACGGUUUGCGAGUGUGCUUAAAAGGAGGAUGGCGGAGCUUGCAGAGGCGGAAGAGGAGGCAUUGAGGGGGAUUGCGGAUGAGGAGGCAAGGGCGGCGGAGGAAGGGCGGGGGAAGGGCGGAAAGGGAGGUGGGGGAGCGGGGAAGAGAGAGGAGGGGGGUAAGGAGGGGGAUAAGGAGGAGGAGGUGGAAAAGAGAGGAGGAGAGGAGGAUUCGGAUGAGGGGACGGCUUUGCUGGGUGAUGGGGAGAGGAAGAGAGGGGGCGAGAGGAGGGACGCUGAAGUGGGGGAGAAAGGAGAGGCGGAUGGGUGGGAAGAAGUUGGUGAGGGGGGUGAGGGGGGGAGGGUAGACGCAGGGAGUGAGGCGAGAGAGGGCUCAAAGGAAGGGGAAGGGGAGGGUGAGAAAGGGGCUGAUGGGGUGAAAGGAAAGGAUGGGGCAGGCGAAGAGGUGGGAGGGAAGGAGGAGGGAGGGGAGGGGGUCGAGAAGGAGAAGGGGAAGGAGGGAAAGGAAGAGGAAAAGGAGGAGGAAAAGGAGGUCGAGGAAGUGGGGAAAGAGAAGGGGACGGACGAGGGAAAGGAGCAGGGGAAGGAGGAUGAGAAGGAGGAGGGGGAGAAGAAGCAGGCAAAGAGGAAGGUGUGGACGGAGAGGAGGCUGCAGGCGAAUAAGAUUGAGACAAGUGUCAUUCGCAGCGUGCUCAGUGAUUACCAGACGGCACUGUUCAGUGAGGUGAGAGCCCGCGCGUGCCGUGUGGCGACCUGCUCUCCCUCACGCCCUCCCACCUGGGCGGCACAUACUCUCUUCCCCUCCGGCACCAAACAACCCCCCCAAUCAUUCUUCCCCUCCCCCGCCCCCUCCCCCUUCCGCUUCCCCUUCUCUCCCCAUUCCCCCUCAGCCGCGCAUGCCAUGUGGCGAUCUGCUCUCCCUCGCGCCCUCCCAUCUGGCCGGCACAUUCUCUUCCCCACCCUGCACCAAUCAACCCCCCCAAUCAUUCUUCCCCUCCCCCGCCCCCUCCCCCUUCCGCUUCCCCUUCUCUCCCCAUUCCCCCUCAGCCGCGCAUGCCAUGUGGCGAUCUGCUCUCCCUCGCGCCCUCCCAUCUGGCCGGCACAUUCUCUUCCCCACCCUGCACCAAUCAACCCCCCCAAUCAUUCUUCCCCUCCCCCGCCCCCUCCCCCUUCCGCUUCCCCUUCUCUCCCCAUUCCCCCUCAGCCUCGCAUGCCGUGUGGCGAUCUGCUCUCCCUCACGCCCUCCCACCUGGGCGGCACCGAUUCGGAUGAGGACGAGCACGACAGUUGGCGCGGGCCGGAGUUUGCCGCCCAGCUGGACCUGCGCAUGGAGGGCGCGAUUCGGAGCCACAGGAGCAGCAUUUUGACAGAGAAGGAGCAAGCGGAGGAGAGGAUUCUGUGCCAUCUGGAGGCGGUGCAGAAGGCCAACGCCAAGCUCCACCAGGCGUCUGUUUUCGACUACCGUGCCGCCAUGCUGCCCAUCGUCAAGACGUUCCUCCAGAAUCGCCUGGAGCAAGCAGCGGAGCAGGACGCGCAGAAACGUUCGGACGCUGCCCAAGAGGCGUUUUUUGCUGAGCUGGACAAGCAGGGGCAGGUGGAAAAGAACCGGGAGAAAAAGAAGGGGAAGGAGCGGGCCAAGAGUGGGAAGGGUGGUGGUGGGGGAGGAGGCGCAGGGGGAGGAGUAACAGGAGGAGGAGGAGGAGGGGAGAGUAUUGGUAGGGUGGCAGGAGCGGAGGGAGGAGGGGAGGGCGAAGGAAGAGAGAUAGGGAGCAGUAGUCAGCUAAGGGACAGUGACAUGGAAGGAGGGAAUGAGGGCGAGGAGGAAGGGGAGGGGGGAAGAGAAGGAAAAACGGAGAAGCAUUUGAGGCAGGCAGGGGGAGAGAGAGACGGAGAAAGAGGGGAGAGAGAGAAAAGAGAGAAGAGGGAGAGGGAGAGGGUAAGGGAGAGGGAGAGGGUGCCACAGAGUGCGGCAGAGAGGGAGGAGGAGGCUCAGAGGCGGAGGGAGCAGCAGGAAAUUUUGCGGCAGCAACAGGAGAUGGAGGACGAGGAGAGGAAACUGGAAUGGGCUUUGUCUCUCCAGAGGCAAGCAGAGGAGGCGGCGAAACGGCAGAGAAUGGCUGAAUUGGAGCGGCUCAGGCUGAUGGGUGGUGGUGGGGAGGCUAAGUCGAGGGGGGUUGGGAAAGAUGGGAGUGGUGGGGUGCAAGAGGUGAGGGUACGGAUGGGGGAGGUGGAAGGGGGGAUGGUGAGAGGGAGGCAAGGGGAAUGGGAGGACGGGAGUUGUGAGGGGUCGAGCUGGGAGAGGGCUAAUGGAGGUUCUGGGUUUGGGGUUUUGCAAGAGACUGCUGUGAUGCAGGGGCCGGAAGGGUUUGUUGCAGGUGCCGAUGCUAUGGGUGUGGCUGCCGCUGCUGCAGGGGCAAUAGGGGCGACAGGAUGGGGGGAACCGGGCCCCAGGGAGCUUUCGAGUGAGUCAACACAGAAGCAGAAGCGGAAGCAGGGGGGGCAGCAGGGGAGCCAGCAGCAGCAGCAGCAGCAGCAGCAGCAGCAGCAGCAGCAGCAGCAGCAGCAGCAGCAGCAGCAGGUGGGUGUGGGGGUCGUGACCAAAGCAGGGGAGGCAGGGGCACUGGCAAACGGCAUUCCAGCGUCCGGGUUGGUCUCAGGUGAUCGGUCAGGUGGCAUAGUGCGGACUAUAGCGAGUUCGAGCCAGCGACUGGGACACAAGGGUCGGGGGAGAGACAGAGACGGUGCUUUGCUUCCAUCCCUGCAGCAGCAGCAGCAGCAGCAGCAGCAGCAGCAGCAGCAGCAACAGCAGCAGAAAGCGGCGAAUCAGCAAGGCGAGGUGCAGAGGUUCAGGGCCGGGCAGAAUCAAACUCAGGGUGCUGCUGCCACCCCGCCUGCGAAUGCUGGGCUGCUGGGAGCGCCUCUUGUGCAGAGAGCUGGCUCAGGUGAAAAUCCAGGUGCGGUUUCAGGUGCUGCUGCAGGCAGUGGUGGUGCUGUGUCUGAUGGAGGGGCUGCUGCUGGGUCUGGCGAAGGGGGGGCGUUUGCAGGAGGUAAGAACAGGUCGAGGCGUAAGAGAGGCGGCAAGGGCAAGGCAGGCGGAAUGGGUGGGCAGAUGGAGGGGGGUUUGCAGGGGGGAGGGGGUUCACAGCUAGGCGCAGGGUUUACUGGUUGGGGCGGGAAGGGGUAUGCCGGGGGGUGGGGUGAUGGGUCACAGGGGGAGGAGAGACAGGGUCGGGCUGGGGCUUGGCCGGGGCAGAUGGGCGGAGGUAUGGGGCCAGGUAUGGGAGGAGGUAUGGGUGGUGGAGGGAUGGGUGGAAGCAUGGGAGGAGGCAUGGGAGGAGGCAUGGGAGGAGGUAUGGGAGGAGGUAUGGGAGGAGGUAUGGGAGGGGGAAUGGGAGGAGGGGAGAGGGUUGAGGAGGUGGAUGUAGAGGUUGCUGUAGGACCGAGAUCGGCUGCUAGAGAGAGGAGGCGACAGCUACAGCAGCAGCAGCAGCAGCAGCAGCAACAGCAGCAGCAGCAACGACAGCAGCAGCAGCAGCAGCAGCAGCAGCAACAGCAGCAGCAGCAGCAGCAGCAGCAGCAGCAUCGGCAGCAGCAGCAGCAACAGCAGCAGCAGACACAGGUGCAGAUGCGGCAGGUCAAAGAGUAUGCGCCUUUGGGGGCAACACAACAGCAAGCACAGGCAGAGGUGCAGCAGCAUGGGCAGGGGCAGGCACAGGGGCAGGCGCAGCGGCAGGAAGAGAAAGGGGCUAAUUCGUUGCAGCCUCAGGCUGACGAUAGCAGGCAGCAUCAGCAGCAGCAGGGGCAGACUAUCGCUGCAACCUCUGUGUCCGUUUCAGCACCCCACAGACUCGGUCUUGAGAGUGCUGGCAAUAGCACCAGCAGCUUCAGUGACAGGGGCGGCAGCAGCAGCAGCAGCAGCGGCAGCGGCAACGCCAGCAAGAGCGGCAGCGGCAGCAGCAGCAGUGGUGGGGGUAGGCCUAUUGGCCUGUCUGGAAUCACCUUUGGUUCCUUCACUAAUGCUGCCACCACUGGAGGCGCAGCAGGUGCUAUCUCCGGCCUCCCUCCCUCCUCCCUCUCUCCUCCCUCUGUCACCCCCCCUCCUCCGUCCUCGUCCCUCUCCAAAUCUUCGUCUUCCGGUGCUGCAGCUGCAACUGGUGCUUCCGCUGCAACUGCUGCUUCCGCUACCACUGCCGUUGCACCUGGCACCGCCGGUAAGCUGCAGAACGGACCAGCAGCACCACAGGCGGGUCUGAGCACCCCACACUCUGGUGCUGUGGGUGGAGGGAGUGCGGGAAGUGGUGCUGCUGGUGCUGCCAAUGCUGCCAGUGUUGCUGGUGGGAUUGGUGGGGCAGCAGGGGAUGCAUAUGGGGCACUAUUGCCACUAGGGACGGUGCCUCUGGUUCCAGUGCCCAUGCCAUACCCCAUGGCAGUCCCUGUCCCCAUGCCCAUGCACAUGGGCACACACAUGGGUGCCUCAAUGGGUACCCCCAUGGGUGCUGCUCCCUUCCCACCCGGCCCCAUGCCUCCUCUUCCUGUUCCGGCAGGAGGUUCGGGCGCCGGGCCUGCUGGUUUGGCGAGCCUGGUUCCAGGGCCGGUGGGGUAUAUGGGGGUGCAGGGAGGUGCGGGUGGUGGUGGUGAUGCUGCUGCCGCUGCUGGUGGUGCUGGCGAGGCAGUGGGGGGACGAGGAGGGCAAGGAGGAGUGGGAGGGACAGGCACAGCACAGCAGCAGCAGCAGCAGCAGGUGGGGCAGUCGGGAGCGUUUGCAUCGCCGAGUAAGCUGUCUUCCCACGCUGCUCCCUUUGUUCCCGGGGGCAUGCCCUCUCUCAUGUACCCCUCGCCGUUCCUCCGCCCGCUCCCCUCGCCACACAUCCGCCCACUGCCACCACCACCACAGGGACAGGGGCAGGCGCAGGCACAGGGGCAGACACAGGGGCAGACACAGGGGCAGACACAGGGGCAGACACAGGGGCAGACACAGGGGCAGGGACAGCAGGGGCAGGCGCAGCAACAAGCGCAAGCGCAAGCACAAGCACAAGCACAAGCACAAGCACAAGCACAAGCACAAGCACAAGCGCAAGCACAAGCGCAAGCACAAGCAACCAUGCACCAUACCCACCUCUCCCACCUGUCCCAUCCGACCCAUUCCUUACACCACGGCCCAUCCCCACCCCCCAACCCCACGCCCCCGCCCUCUCACCCUUACUCGUCCCAACCCUAUCCGUUUACAUCCCAACCCCACCCACAUGCCAUCCCAUCCGCCCACUCAUACCCGCUUGCUCCCUCGCCUCCCCAGCAUGGCCAUGCUGCUGGGUCUCCAGGGCUGCCUGUGGGGUAUCACACCCAGCAGCAGCAGCAGCAGCUGGGUUUGCAGCCUCAGGCUCAUGCCAUGCACUCCCAAAUGGCUCAGCCUCAUGGGGUGCAUUUGCAGAUGGCCCAGCCAUCGCACGGGGUACAAUCGCAGAUGGCCCAGCCGUCACACGGGGUACAAUCCCAUGGGGUACAAUCGCAAAUGGCCCAGCAGCCGCACGGGGUACAAUUGCAAAUGGCCCACGCGCAAAGCAUGCAGCCUCCGCAAGGGCUGCAGGCGCCCCCUUUCCACAUGCGUGUGGCUCCCAUUCCCGGUCAUCAACUGGACACGACCCAAUCAAUGGGAGCUUCUCAAACGCCUCAACUGAUGGAAACACCACAACAUAUGGAAACACCGCAACAGAUGGGAGAGAGUCAACAGACGGGAGGCCCUGUGAUGGGGAUGGAUUCGCGUGGAAUGGUGGAGGCGGGAGUAAGGGAAGCAGGGGGAAGAGGAGGGGCAGGAGUGGCGGCAGGAGAGGCAGCAGGAGAGGUGGCAGGAGUAGGGGCGGUAGCAGGGAGGGGAGCAGCAGGAGGGGCAGCAGGUUAUUAUGAGAAUUCUCAGGAUGCCCAUGCAGGUGUGUCAGCUGGGGAUGCGGGAGGAAGGGAAGCAGCGGUGGUAGAUGUGCAAAGAACAGGAGGUGGGGAGAUGGUGUGGGAAGAAGGGAGGGGAGGGAGUGAGGGGGCAGUGGAGAUGGGGGAAAGGAAGGAGGGGAAUGAGGGAGUGAUGGAGCAAGUAGGGGGUAGUGAAGGGCUGAUGGGGGAAGGAAUGGAGGGUGGAAGAGAGGGAGGAGAGGAAGGACGAGUGGUGGGAGGAGAGGAGGGAGGGGAGGGAGGAGAGGGGGGAGUAAUGGCGAGAGUGGUGGGAAUGGAGGGAACGGAGGUUGAAGGUAGGAGUGCUGCUGUGGAUCACGAGGAGGAGGAUGAGCAGUUUCAAGCAGACCUGCAACGAGCCAUGCAACAGAGCAUAGAGGAUCUGGAGCGUUCAUCUCACUCCCACUACUACCACUCUGCCUCCCGGCAACCCCCCAAGCACCAAUCAGAAGCAGCCCUAAACCCCGCCAGCUCAGAAAGAAUCUCAGACAGCCUGGCAGCAGCGCCUGCCACGUCAGCAGACUGGGAUGCCAGCAUGGUGCUGACGCUACGAGAGGAGAGUGGGGAGUCGAGAGAGGGAGGGGGAGUGGAGGGGGGAAUGGAGGUGGAUGUGAGGGGGAGUGGAGGGGGAGGAGGGGUGGUGGAGAUGGUGUGGAGUGGAGCGGGAGGAGAGGAGGGGCUGGUGGGGCUGCGGAAUGAGAUUGGGGAGUAUAACUGCUUCCUCAAUGUCAUUAUUCAGGUUCAGGGAGAGGCUGUUGCACCCAUCAUGCCAGCAGCACAGCCAUCAGGGCGAUCCAUGAGUGCACACACUAGCACAGCCACCAGUGCGGCGGUUACCAACACGGUUACCAACGCGGUUACCAGCACAGCUGCUAGUAGUGUAACAGAGGCAGUUCCUUCUGGUAACGACGCAAUUACAUCUAGGGUUACACCUGCAGAGCCCGCUUCAUCUGCAGCAGCAGCAGCAGCAGCAGCAGCAGCAGCAGCAGCAGCAGCAGCAGCAGCAGGAGCAGCGGCAGCAGCGGCGGCGGCAGCAGCAGCAGGGGUGGCAGUGGUGGCAGUGGCGCCAGCAGCAGGGGGAGGGGCGGGCCCCUCUGUUCGAACUGUAGUGGCGCCCACAGCGCUAAGAGUGGCACUUAGUGCCAUGUUUGCAGACUCUGAGUUCUUCCAACAGUCUCAGAUGAAUGAUGCUUCAGAGGUUCUCCCAGUCAUCUUCGACUGCCUCCACCGAGCCUUCGCCGAACCUGCCUCCGAACCUGCAGGCGGGGCAUCUGGUUCGGCAUCAGAAGCAUCUUCCAGUGUCAAAUCCACAGCUGUCAACGUUUCGACAGAUCAUUCUUUUAUUGACCCGGGCAGCAGUGCAGCCAAUCAGAAGCAGGCAGGAAGCUGGGACUGCCCGGCCUCAACAGCAGCUUGGGACCGAGCCUUCCUCGCAGCUUCGGCAGACAGCGGGUCUGUGUCAAACCAGACUACAGCUCCAGGGCAGAGCCGCGAUGUAGGUCCGUCAGCAGGUUCAGUACCAGGCUCAGUAGCAGUAGGUUCGGCAGCAGGCUCGGGGACAGCCUCGGGCGGUGGUGCUGCUGUGUCAGCUUCUCCUCUCUCCUAUGGUGCUGUGGUGGCCAGAGGAAAAGGCGGGGCCAGUGCUAACGGGGCUGCUGCAUCAGCGGGAACUGCAAAUGUUAGGAAACCUGGAACAUGCAUAGCGCAUGGGCUGUUUGGGCUGGAUGUGACUGAAAUGAUGCGGUGCUCUCGCUGCGGCCUGCAGUCGCGCCAGAUGCGCUACUCCUCCUUCUUCCACCACGCCAACGCCACUGCCCUCAGAUUAUCCAAGAUGCGCUACUCCUCCUUCCACCAUGCCAACGCCACUGCCCUUAGACUGUCCAAGUCCCGCCAGAUGCGCUACUCCUCCUUCUUCCACCAUGCCAACGCCACUGCUCUCAGGCUCUCCAAGGACCCUGCAUACAUGUCUCUCAAGACUGGUCAGAUGCAUCACUCCUUCUUCUUCCACCAUGCCAACGCCACUGCCCUCAGGCUCUCCAAGCUGGGCAAUCCGACCUGCCGCAUGGACGAGCUAUUAGCGGGCAUGGAGCAGCACCAUCUGCUGCCCCGUCCCCUCGUCACCACUCUCAAAUCCUCCUUCACCGCACCCAAUCCCUUCCCAGAGCUGGGCAACCCUAAGUAUCGAAUGGACGAGCUAUUAGCGGGAAUGGAGCAGCACCAUCUGCUGCCAUGCGAUGUGGACGUGGGGGGGUGCUGCUACUCUCUCGUCCCCUACCCCUCUCAACUCCUCCGCAACCCUCUCAAUCCCUCCUUCACCCCUCUGAACCCCUCCUUACAGCUGGGAAAUCCAACGUGUCGAAUGGACGAGCUAUUAGCGGGAAUGGAGCAGCAUCAUCUUCUGCCAUGCGAUGUGGAAGUGGGGGGAUGUGGGCAUCCCAACGCCAUUCAGCAUGUUCUGCGCCGCGCUCCACCCAUCUUCACCACUGUCCUGGGGUGGCAGAGCGACAGGGAGGAGGCGGAGGACAUAGGCCUGACCCUAGCAGCUCUGGACGUGCAGUUGGACGUGGGAGUGGUGUACCAGGGGCUGCCGGGCCCGCAGAGGGUGCGGGUGGUGUGUGUAGUGUGCUACUAUGGGCGGCACUACCACUGCUUCUCCUUCCAUGCGGACCUGGGCAAGUGGGUCAUGUUCGACGAUACCACCGUCAAGAGGGUGCGCGUGGUGUGCUACUAUGGGCGGCACUACCACUGCUUCUCCUUCCGUGGCGAUCUGGGCAAGUGGGUCAUGUUCGACGAUACCACCGUCAAGGUGAGACGCGGUGGAGGGAGGACGAGAGAGGUGGCGAUGGGUUAUGAUGACAAGUGUGCAUUUAGCAGGGUUUACUGUCCGUGCCCCCUGGAAGGCGGACCUGCCCAAGUGGGUCAUGUUCGACGAUACCACUGUCAAGGUGAUACAAGGUUGGAAAGGAGUGGAGGGAGGUGGAGCAAUGUGAAGGGAGGUGGAGUGAGAUGGAGAGAGGUGGAGGGAGGUGGAGGGAGUGGAGGGAGGUGGAGCAAUGUGAAGGGAGGUGGAGUGAGAUGGAGAGAGGUGGAGGGAGGUGGAGGGAGUGGAGGGAGGUGGAGACAGGUGGAGGGAGGUGGUGAUAAAGUAGUUGUAUGUGGUUGGAGGGUGGGCAUACGUGGUGAGCUCAUACACCCGCGGCCGACUGCAGCCACAAGUGCAUCAAUCAUGUUGGAUUCUCCUUCCCUCUCUCUCUCGCUCUUAUGGUCCCUGCAGGUGGUUGGGGGCUGGGCGGAUGUGGUGAGCUCAUGCACCCGCGGCCGACUGCAGCCACAAGUGCUCUUUUACGAGGCAUGCUAG